GAGGGGCAUGUUGGUACGUGGGCAAGUUGUGUAUAGGCCCUAACUUUUCUUUAGUCCAUUUCAAGCACAACAUGUUUGAGCACGAGGCUCGUCUAAAUGGCUUGGCGUGUAACCGUCUUUUACUUGAACCCUAAAACCACUAUAAUUCUACUUUUUCGCCACACACCACCCCAACACAGUAAGACAGGAAGGUAUGUAUGCUUCAUUUUCACACAGUAUAUGUGAUACUGUGAAACUUAAAUGUUAGUGUAAGCAUAAUAUGAAGAGAAAGUAUAAUUAUGUCAUUAUAGAAUUUUUUGGCUACAUAUGGUCCCACUUUCAUGGAACAGAAGCCAACAACUUCAUUAUACCCACCCAACUAAAAAAAAUGAAAAUAAAAUAAAAAAAUUAAAAUAAAUAAAUAAAUAAAAAAGAGUGAAUUUCCUAUUACAAAUUGGCACCAAUGUGAGUGUAUCUUAAGUCACCUUUAUUUAUUCAUUAUCUUAGUUUCUUUCUAUGGUUUCAAAUACAUUCAAUCUAUCAUAGCAUUUAUAAAAAUAAGAUGAAAAAGCUUCAUUUGAUGUUAAGGAAAUGCAAGAGUUUAUCAAGGCAAUUGAAAAGAUCAUCAUCCUAUACUAGUCUAAGAUCCAACUCAACUAAGGAAUGUUCGAAGGUAGGAGACCGCCGACAGAAUCAUUGUGAUGACAAUGGAGAGACUAUCUACGUAGGGAGUUCGAGGAGGCGGUAUGUGAUCAAUUCCAAGUACUUGACUCACCCGUUGUUGAAUGCUCUAAUCGAAAAGUCCAAGCAAAGUCCAGGGAAUCAUAGCAUCAACAUUAAGUGUGAAGUAGUUUUAUUUGAUCAUCUUUUAUGGAUGCUUGAAAAUGGUGAUCCUAAUCUCGACGCUUAUGAGUCCUUGGACGAACUUGCUGAGUUCUAUGUUCAGUGAUUAUAAGGUGAACGCCUUCUCUAAGAUGGAGUGUCGCCUAAGGGGUUCAAUAGCUGCUAUAGAAAUUUAUUGUAAUGGUGAGAAAAAAGUCAGCAAAUUAUAUAUUAUUCUUUUGAGGUGUGACAAAUAAAUGUUUGCAAAAAUUGUUAACUUUAAUUUGAACUUGUAGCAUGUAAUGGUUCGAUCAUCAUUUCAAUGUUCAUAGGAAAAUUGCAUUUUACACAUUUAGGAUUACAUAUAUGUAUUAAUGUAUGUGUGCCACUCAAAGAAACGUUCAGAUUGAAUCAUGUAUAAUUCCUAGCAUGUUUGAUGAUUUGUUUUUGUUUUUAUGCAUAACAAUGUUCAUUUGAUCA